AUGGCCAUGGUGGCCUUCUUCUACAGCUGGUACUCGAUGGGCGGCCUGCGGUGCCAGAUGUGCCUUUUCAAUGCGGCGCACUGUGGGGACUGGGAUCCCCUCGGCUGGGAAAAUCUGCUGCUGACGAUGGUCAUGGUGCUCAGUGCCUCUUCGAACCAGCUGCUGAUCCGCGGGAGAAACGGACUGGAGACCUUGGAUAGCUUGAUGUCGCUGAUGUUCCGUUCUCUGCUCUUCGGCUUCAGCGUGCUACCCCUAGGCACCGCUUUCUACCUCUCGGCGCUUUGGUUCCACUACCCUGGGAAGUGGUCGUUGGUGAUCGCCUGCAUCGCUGGCAGCGUCCCCAUGGUCCUGGGCGUUUUCGCCAUCACCUGCGUGCCUCUCUUGUGCUUCGCCAGGACGCCCUGCGGCUCCGCACUGCUGCUUGCAGUGAGCCUCCGCUUAGAGACUCUGCUGCCACGCUGCUUCACUUCGGCCUGA